AUGGCGGAACGCUACAUCCCCGAGCAUCGUCGCACCCAAUACAAGGCCAGGAAUCAGUUCCGGCCUGACGAACUGCGUCGUCGUCGUGAGGAGCAGCAGGUCGAGAUCCGAAAGCAGAAACGCGAUGAGAACCUGGCCAAGAGGAGAGGUAUCCAGACCCGGGAUGGCGGCAUUGGUGUGGGAGACGGUAUGGCCGCUGGCGCCGAGAGUGACGAUGAGGCUACUGCUAUCGAGAGUGAGUUGAACGUGGAACUCCCGCAGAUGGUCAAGGGUGUCUUCUCCGAACACAUCGACUCGCAGAUCCAGGCCACCACCAAAUUCAGGAAGCUGCUGUCCAAGGAGCGUAAUCCUCCUAUCGAGCGUGUUAUCGAGACCGGCGUCGUCUCCCGUUUCGUGGAAUUCCUCCGAUCCCCCCACACUUUGGUUCAGUUCGAGGCUGCUUGGGCCCUGACCAACAUCGCCUCUGGAUCCGCCCAGCAGACUCAGGUCGUCAUCGAGGCCGGUGCCGUCCCCAUCUUCGUUGAGCUCCUGAGCAGCCCCGAGCCUGAUGUCCGGGAACAGGCCGUUUGGGCCCUGGGUAACAUUGCGGGUGACAGCCCUCAAUGCCGGGACUUUGUGCUCAACGCCGGCGCUCUCCGUCCCCUGUUGACCCUCAUCAACGAUGGUCGAAAGCUGAGCAUGCUCCGUAACGCCACAUGGACCCUGAGUAACUUCUGCCGUGGCAAGACGCCUCAACCUGAUUGGACCACCAUCGCCCCCGCUCUUCCUGUCCUCGCUAAACUUAUUUACAUGCUUGAUGAUGAAGUCCUGAUUGACGCUUGCUGGGCUAUCUCUUACUUGUCCGAUGGUUCCAACGAUAAGAUCCAGGCUGUGAUCGAGGCGGGCAUUCCCCGUCGUCUGGUGGAGCUCCUCAUGCACGCCUCUACCUCUGUCCAAACUCCCGCUCUCCGGUCGGUUGGAAACAUUGUCACUGGUGAUGACGUCCAGACCCAGGUGAUCGUCAACUGCGGCGCUCUCCCCGCCCUUCUUUCCCUCCUGAGCUCCACCAAGGAUGGCAUCCGCAAGGAGGCCUGCUGGACGAUCUCCAACGUCACCGCUGGCAACUCGAACCAGAUCCAGUCCGUUGUUGAUGCUGGCAUCAUCCCCCCCUUGAUUCACCUGCUUGCCAACGGUGACUUCAAGACCCGUAAGGAAGCCUGCUGGGCCAUUUCGAACGCCACCUCUGGUGGUCUGCAGAAGCCCGAGCAGAUCCGCUAUCUUGUCUCCCAAGGGUGCAUCAAGCCCCUGUGCGACCUCCUGGCCUGCCCUGACAACAAGAUCAUCCAGGUUGCUCUGGAUGGUCUGGAGAACAUCCUCAAGGUUGGUGAUAUGGAUAAGGAGACGGCACAGGCCGGUGAGGCCCGCGUCAACCGUUACGCCUUGUUCAUCGAGGAGGCUGGCGGUAUGGAGAAGAUCCACGACUGCCAGAACAACGCCAACGAGGAGAUCUACAUGAAGGCCUACAACAUCAUUGAGAAGUACUUCUCUGAUGAGGACGAAGCUGCCGGUGACAUCGACGAGCUGGCUCCCCAGCAAACGCAAACCGGCUUCACCCUCGGCACGCAGCAACAGCAGCCGGGCGGUUUCAGCUUCGCCAACGGUGGCGAUUCCAUGGAUAUGUAA